UGUGCCUUCCACUGCUGGGCGAGGGAUCAUCAGUGUAUAUACAUCCGCACGCCUCCCGUACCACCACCACUAUUCUCAGUGCGACGUGCACCGAGAGAGUGUGAGUGAGAGUGACUGGCAAGUAGCUAGCUUCGGGAGCUAAGCAAAGCCCCGAGAGCUAGCCGGCUGCUGGAGAGAGGCAAGGCAAAGGCAUGGCUCCUCCUCAGGCGCCGGCGAACGGCGGCGCCGGCAACGGAAGCGUCGUCGUUGCCGGCGGCACGGCGGCGUCGGUGCUGGAGGUGGAGAGCAAUGGUGCCGGCGGCGACCAUAACGGGGUCAGCGACAACGGCGGCGGCGGGGCGGCGCCGUCGGUGGCGGCGAACGGCAACGGCAAGCAGGGGGCGGAGAGGAGGCGGAGGAGUAAGAAGAAGAAGCCAGCGGUCAGCCCGAAGGACAGGUACUGGACGCCGAUCGACGGGAAGGAGGCAGCGGCGGCUCUGGAGGACGGCGGCGAGGAUGGGCGGCGGCCGCUGCUGUUCCGGACGUACAGGGUCAAGGGCAUCCUCCUGCAUCCCUACAGGUUACUGACCCUGCUCAGGUUGAUUGCUAUCGUCCUAUUUUUCAUAUGGCGUAUCAGGCACCCACACGCGGAUGGCAUGUGGCUCUGGUGGAUAUCGAUGGUUGGAGAUUUGUGGUUUGGUGUUACUUGGUUGCUAAAUCAAGUCGCAAAGCUCAACCCUAUCAAGCGUGUCCCAGACCUUGCCCUCUUGAAACAACAGUUCGAUGAUCUCCCUGAUGGCAACUCUAAUCUCCCUAGACUUGAUGUUUUCAUCAACACUGUUGAUCCAAUAAAUGAGCCUAUGAUAUACACUAUGAACUCUAUCCUAUCCAUUCUUGCUGUAGACUACCCAGUUGAUAGGACUGCUACAUACCUCUCGGAUGAUGGUGGCUCAAUAAUCCACUAUGAAGGCUUGCUUGAGACUGCAAAUUUUGCUUUGCUGUGGGUUCCCUUUUGCAGAAAGCAUUGCAUUGAGCCAAGAGCUCCUGAGAGCUAUUUUGCAGUAAAGUCACGCCCGUACACAGGAAAUGUACCAGAUGAGUUUGUUGAUGAUCAUAGGCGCAUGUCUAGGGAGUAUGAUGAGUUCAAGGUGCGUUUGGAUGCACUUUUUACUAAAAUCCCCGAACGCUCAGAUGCAUACAAUGCAGAGGCCAAAGAAGGUGCAAAGGCAACCUGGAUGGCAGAUGGAACACAGUGGCCAGGAACAUGGUUUGACCCUGCUGAGAACCACAAGAAAGGACAACAUGCAGGAAUUGUUAAGGUUAUGUUAAACCACCCAGGCGAUGAACCUCAAUUUGGUGCUCCAGCAAGUGCUGCAAAUCCUCUAGACUUCAGUGCUGUUGAUGUGCGUCUCCCAAUGCUCGUCUACAUCUCCCGUGAGAAGAGCCCAGACUAUGACCAUCAAAAGAAAGCAGGGGCCAUGAAUGUACAGCUGCGGGUCUCUGCCCUUCUGACUAACGCACCCUUCAUCAUCAACUUUGAUGGCGACCACUACGUCAACAACUCGCUGGCCUUCCGUGCUGCAAUGUGCUUCAUGCUCGAUCGGCGUGAUGGAGACAACACUGCUUUUGUUCAGUUCCCACAGCGCUUUGAUGAUGUCGACCCAACAGACAGGUAUUGCAAUCACAACCGUGUCUUCUUCGAUGCCACCUUACUCGGUCUAAAUGGCAUCCAGGGACCUUCCUAUGUUGGCACUGGUUGCAUGUUCCGCCGAAUUGCUGUCUAUGGUAUUGACCCACCUCGUUGGAGAUCUGAUGACUUCAAGAUAGUGGACAAUGCCAACAAGUUUGGCAACUCAAUGUCCUUCAUCAACUCCAUACCAUCAGCUGCAAACCAAGAAUGGUCCAUGACAUCACCACCGGCAGAUGAGGAGUCAAUCAAGGAAGAACUUGAUAAUGUCAUGAAGUGUGCAUAUGAGGAAGGUACUGAAUUUGGCAAGGAAAUAGGCUGGGUGUACAACAUUGCUACAGAGGAUGUGGUGACCGGCUUCCGACUGCACCGGACAGGGUGGCGCUCUAUGUACUGCCGUAUAGAACCAGAUGCUUUCCGUGGCACUGCGCCAAUCAACCUCACUGAGCGCCUCUACCAGAUUCUGCGCUGGUCAGGCGGUUCCCUUGAAAUGUUCUUCUCACACUGCCCGCUCCUUGCUGGUCGUCGACUCAACUUCAUGCAGCAAGUUGCCUACACCAACAUGACAGCCUACCCAAUCUCAUCGGUCUUCCUUGUUUUCUAUCUCCUCUUCCCAGUCAUAUGGAUCUUCCGCGGCGAGUUCUACAUACAGAAGCCAUUCCCCACCUAUGUGCUGUACCUUGUCAUAGUGAUAGUGAUGACAGAGCUCAUCGGUAUGGUCGAAAUCAAGUGGGCAGGCCUCACGUUGCUGGAUUGGAUUCGCAAUGAGCAGUUCUACAUCAUUGGGGCAACAGCUGUGUACCCAUUAGCAACGCUGCACAUAGUGCUGAAGCUAGUCUUUCGUGGAAAGGGUGUCUCAUUCAAGCUGACUGCGAAGCAGGCUACAAGCACCGUGAACGAGAAGUAUGCUGAGAUGUAUAUGGUGCAUUGGACACCGUUGCUGAUCCCCACAAUAGUGGUGAUAGCUGUAAAUGUCGGUGCGAUUGGGGCGGCGAUUGGCAAGGCAAUUGUUGGGGGAUGGUCACUCCUGCAGAUGGCGGAUGCGUCCCUCGGCCUGGUGUUCAACGCAUGGAUCCUGCUGCUGAUCUACCCCUUUGCACUUGGGAUCAUGGGACGGUGGAGCAAGAGGCCCUAUCUCCUGUUUAUCUUCUUUGUGAUUGCCUUUGUUGUAGUCGCAGCGGUGGUUUUUGCCAUCCAUGCUGCACGCACUGGUUCUGUUCGGUUCCACUUCAGUCAUUCAGGUGGUGCUAGUUUCCCUACAAGCUGGGGUUUUUAGCUUGUGGUUGAGUAGUGGCACAUGUCACAGUAAGUUUGAGUUUUUUCUUCGGUUGUGGAGUUUUCACAUGAUGUAAAUCGUGCAUUGAUUGUACAAGAUUGUUCAGUGAAUGAAAAAAAAGCCAUUUGUAUGGAAAAGAAAUAAAGAGUAAAAGAUUCUUUUAGCUUUUGA